UGAACUUGAUUUUAUUUUGGCAUUUUGUAAAAUACAGAGAAAAUAUCAAGAUGAGGAAAUUAGGUGGAUAUACAAAUCAAAAAUAGAGUAAAUGAAUCAAAUAUGUGACUCAUGAAGCCACUUGUCAAGUUGUAAAAUGUGAUUUAUAGAGUCAACCCUCAAAACUAUUUAAGUUCUCUUAAUUUCUCAAAAUACCUUCACACGCAAAAGAUCUAGUUGGUAGGUAUACAUUGUUUUUACGUGUUUCUGCAUGAAUUUUCAGUAUCUUUCACACUAGAUAUAUAUUCCAUAUAUAUCAUGAAUAUAUCUCUGUGUUCAAAAGCGCGUAUAAUUGAUUAAUUUGGUACAUUCGUUUAAUAGAACACAAUCUUUUUCGUAUCAUGGUUAUCCUACUAAAUGUUUAUUAUUAGUUCCAAUCCUUCUAAGAUAAGAUAGGUAUACGUACCCGCUUUCAUCCAUCCAGUUCGUGUCUAAGUUGAAAUCUUAUACUUAAUUACGUUGACAGGCGGCUCUUAGCAAUUAGCAUAAUAACAUAACACGAUGAAACAACUAAUUUUAAAAUGUGUAUAAUGAUCUUUCAAUCCAUAACUCUUUUCAACCUCAUGUUUUUCAUGCUUACCUUUUGGUAACUUAAGAUUUAAGCUGCUCAAUACGUUUUCUUUUGUGUCUGCAUGAUUAUGAUCAAGUGGUAGGUGAGAUCAGAAUGUCCUACAAUAUACUCUGCUCAAGAUUCGAGCCUCCCAUAAAACAAAGUGUGAUAACCAUUUACUUUUUGGCAUUAGUCAGUGUGAUGACCAAUCUAUUAUAUAGCACUAAGCAUUUUCCAAAAUAAGGCAUAUAAAGAAAUAUUUCUUUUCCUAAGAGUUUAGUUCUAUUUCCAACUUGCUGACUGUCCUAUAUCUUAUUUUCUACGGAUAUAACAUAACCUUUUUUCAAUUGUACACGAAAGUAUUUUGUUUUCAAGAGAGCUCAAGUCAAGUAUUAAUAUCAUUAGCCCUGGAUAUCAUGAGUUUACAAAACCGAAAUCAAAAGAUCUUAUUCUACUAUUCCAGAUUCCUAUUUCCUACACAACUUAUAAUGAUUACUGUUGUAAGUUGAAUAUUACAACAACAAACAAACAAACAAAACAACAGUAACGAUGUUCAUUAAACCAUUAAUUAUUCUUGUCAACGAAGUUGUACGUAAUAAAGUAUAAAAUCUUGAAAAAACGACGGUCCUUUCAAACCAGAUUCCCAUUUUCUCAAGUAUAAAAUGGACUUAUUUUUAUUCCAAUAAUAUAUAAAAUAAAUAAAAGUCGACGGCAGCGACUAAAAAGCUUCAGAAACACACACAAAAGAAGAAAAACUCAACCUUUGAAAAUUUCGAUAAUAAAUUAAUAAAGGAAAAUUCAAAGUCUCAUUAGCGUAUGGUUCACUCCUCUCUUACCAUUCCACUCUUUUCCCCAUAUUUUCAUCACACUUAUUUCCCAUCAAAUACACACACACAUGUUUAUAUAUAGACAUACACUUCCACAUUAUACAUUUCAUUCAUUACUUAGAAAAGCUAGUGAAAUUCAAGAAAACAAAAAGAGAGGAAAACAUUCAUUACCAAAUGGCUCCGUGUCGUACGAUGGUUUUGCUCUGUCUUGUUCUGUUUCUGGCGGCGAGUACUACCUCUACAAGAAUUGGAGUCACCACCAUGGAGAUGAAGAAUAAGAAGAGCUUAGGGUUUAAACACAGCUAUAUUUUUGGUUACUUGCCCAAAGGAGUUUCCAUUCCUCCUUCUGCUCCUUCUAAUAGACAUAACUCUCUUGUUGACUCCCUUCCUCAUUGAUUUCAUUUUGUAUGCUUCUAUGUAUUUUUUGUAUGUUAAUUUUGUAGAUUAGAGACAUACAGGAUUAAACUCUUUGUAUAUACUUUCAUACUAUUGAUUUUUUUUUUCAGAUGUUUACUGGACUAGUCUAUGUAUUAAACUCAUGAUGGCCAUAUAAAGAUCAAGAAAUUCAAUUAACUUGUGUGAAAGAAGAAAUAAGUGAUAACAUUGAUGGUGAAAAAUAUGUGGACCUAAAAAAUCAAGACUAUAAUUGGUAAGAAAAUCAACAAUGCUCAACAAUGGAGGAUGGAUGGUGGUGGUUACCGCAAUGGCAGUGGACGGAAGAUGUGGUGGUGAUGGUUACAACGACGGUGUGAAAACUAUGGUGGUACUGGUUGUGGAGAAUGAAGCGGUCGUGGAUACAUGAAAAAGAUGAUCUUUUAUGAUAAGGAUUACUGUGGUUGUGGUGGUGCUCGUGGUAAUCACCGACAUAAUUUAUGUGGUUGAAGAAAGAGACAUUAUAAAUAGAAUGGAACAUAUCAAAUAGUCUAGUACAUAUUGUUUAAAUUUUGAAAUGUAUAUGAUUGCAAUGAAAGAAGCAAUGUUUACCUCAACGUUAACUCAAACCUUCUAUAAACUAAACCCAAAACACUAAUCACUAAAACCUAAAAGGAAAUAUAAACCCUAACUCAAAUAUCAAAAUAUGCACAUAGUACAUAAUAUUAAGUAGUAUCAAAAUAGAAUAGUAACAAACAAAAUAACAUAGUUCAUAUUGUUCAAAUUUCAAAAUGUCUAUGAUUACAUGGAAAAAAGUAAUGCUUAUCCCAACGUCAACCCAAACCUCUCAUAAACUAAACCUAAAACACUAAUCAUUAAACCCUAAAAGAAAAUAUAAACCCUAACCCAAAUAUCAAUGGUAUGGAACAAAC